CUUCGUCUGGGCUGCAUGGUGUUCCUUUCGGGACCAGACUCACGCUGCAAGCACACUCCCAGUCCAGCAGCUAAGCAAACAUGGCUGUGUGAUUCCACAUGGAGAGGCCUUCAUGUCUGGACCCUCAUUGGUCCGGACAGGUUUGAAAGCCUCCAUUGAGCCAGUCUGGAGGAAUUUGAGUUUCUUCUCUGUGCAUGAACGUACAAUCCCCAAACUGCUGUAAUACUCCAGUGAUUUAUCCUUCCAUUUGUGAACAUGUUUGGGUCACAGUGGAGGCUGUUGUUGAGCGCUCUCCUUAUUUGUGGCCUAAUCUUCGAGUUAGCUUACUGUCAAAAAGAUGCCCAGCAAAAGCAGACCACUCCAGGGAGGAGGCCAAAGCAAAACAAACCCAAACUCGGGAAAUCCACAGAUAAAGGACCAAGAGCAGCAACAGGCAAACCUAAGAUCAAAGCUUCUCCUGCAGCCCCAGCACAGACUGUACUCACACAGGUGCUAAACAGAGGGAAGUUUAAGAGGGUCGGAGAGACCAUCAGUGUGCAGUCAGGAGACACUCUGGAGCUGAGGUGCAGAGGCAAACCUGUGCAGUGGAGCGUCCCCUCGUACCUGGAGGAGGAUGAUGAUGGACGGCUAAGAAUUGUCCAACAGGAGAGAUAUGGUGUCCUGACUUUAGUCAACACUACUGGUGCAGACACAGGGGAGUACACAUGUUUUCCUAUGUACUGUGAAGACACAGACUGCAGGAAGGAGUACCAAAAAGCCAUCAAAGUCUUUGUCUUCUUUCCUGACCCACAUGAACUGUUUGUUCCUUCAUCUGAUUACUACGAGGUGAUUCAGCUGAGAUCUAACUGGCCAACGGUCCUCCCCUGCCAGGUGACAUCACCUGAGGCUAAAGUAACUCUGCACAGGGAGUUUCCACCAGCGGAGGUGGCAGUGGAUGGAACGGAGAUCUCCUUUAAUGUGAGGAAAGGCAUGACCAUUCAUCGACCUCGGCCUUAUCACGCAGGAGCCUUGUUCUGUGUUGCCAGUCUGGGCAACUUGAGGCAGAGCUCCACCAAAUACAUGCUUAUUUAUGUCAACUAUCCCAUGGCUCCUCCUGCUCCAGUGAUCCAGGCCUCAUCAGGGUCGGUGGGUGUGGGGGACAAUUUGCAGGUCAGCUGCUCUGUGAUUGGAGAGCAGGACGUGGGCGUUGAAUUCGCCUGGGAAUACCCAGGACAACAGAUUGGGAGGCCUCUGUACACACAGGAGAGCAUCAGUCCAGUGGCUGGAGGAUCGGCCCGACAGCAGUUUAAGUCUGUCCUCCUAGUGGAUGAGGCGAGGGACGUGGACGAGGGAACGUACACCUGUACCGCCCAGAACCUGCAAGGAGCUAAAUCAGUGUCCACCACAGUUAAAGUGGUCCCAAAGGUCAAACCUAAGAAACCACUAACCAACAAAACUAAAUGAUAAUACUGAGGGGAAAUAAGGAGUUAGGUGGGGUGGGGGGUCAGGUGCAAUAGCUUGCAUUGUCGCCGUAUUAAACAGCAUGUUAUGAGUGACAGUUACAGAACCUAUCUUCUGUCAGUCUGAGUCAUGGAAACAUAAAAUGAUAAUAGAGAUUCUGUUGUGUAGAUGAAUGUAUCUUAAGUAAUGUGCAUCAAGCUUAUGUAUUAUAUGUUUUUUAUAGGAUAGUUCUUGCUUUUUCUAAUGAUUUCUUUUUGUGCCAGACCCUGCCAAAGAUGUUGAUGUAGACAAUAAAAAUACAAUAAAACAAA